AUGCAUCAGGAUGCAGCAGUUGUUCAACAUAUUCAGAAUCUCCGGUCGGACUUCCAAGCCAUCAUCGAAGACACUUGGUCACGAAAACAUGCCUUGCAGGACAAAUUGCGGGUACGACUUGAACAAAUCUCGACAGAGCAGGCUCGGCUCGAGCAGAGAGCAAAAGACGAUGCUAAAACAGAGAUAGACAACUAUUUUAGAGAGGCUGGUGCAAGACUUGCAGAGUGUGUUAACUCGACAUCACACAAAACGGCACCAGCUGCGGAGAUUAUGUCUGAUAGUGACAGCUUCUCUGAACCUGAUAUCGACCAAACUCUGCUAGAGGCAGAAAAGGCAUGCAUUGCUCCUUUAGCGAAGUUUCCUAGAUAA